UGUACAUUUUUGUUUAUCUGCAGUGCAAAGCGUGUACGUGUAACCACUUUUGAAGAAGACAGCAUCUUAAUAAAGCACACUGCAUAUUAUUAUUCACAUAAUCACCUGAACAAGUUUGCCAUGCAGAUGGGCGAAUGAGAUGAAACCGUCGUGUGACAUGUCGUAAACUUCUUUCAUAGUUUUCAAGUACAGCAGACGUCCUGUCCUGUGAGGAAUGGAUGCUACUCAGAUGAUCAAUGACUCAAUCUUGGAGUCAGAUGAGGAGGAAAAUGAAGAGGAGAAUGAAAACAAGAGGGGGAGACCAUUGGCUAAAUUGUGCAUCUUAAAAAAUCAACACAUCCCUGAGGCAGAGUUGCCCCUUUUUCUGGGAGAAAAUACAUUGGGUCGUGACCCCAACACCUGCACCGUGCCCUUGCCAGCAGCCUCAAUAUCCAAACAGCAUGCUGCCAUCUGCAUCUCUGUCUACCGGAGGAGAGGUUGUCACAGUGAAGUGGACGUAGAGGCGUUGGUUUGGGACCUAGGGAGCAUGAAUGGCACCCGCAAGGGCCACUUAAAGCUGACUCCUAAUGUACGCUACGCCCUCAGUGAACGUGACCGUUUGGUGGUGGCAGACAUCCCGUGUCAGUAUGUCAGCUGUGCUGUAGACAUAGUCUCUUCUCAAGGGGACACGAUUUCUGUGAGCAGAAAUUCAGGGGUAAAGGCCAGGUUGGCAGAUGCCUCAGGAGAAAAGGGAGGUGACACAAGCACAGGGGGAAAGAAAUGUGUCAACGGAGGUACAAAAGCUAGGGUGUCAUUGCCUGAUCUGGAGGACACAGGGAAGACUCCUGUCAGAACUGGUUGUCUGACCUUUGAGCAAACCCCAACACAGCCACAGGGGACCCUGGUCCCAGAAUCUGACUCAGACUCAGAAGGAGAAAGAGGAGGUGCAAAUAGGCGACACAAGGCUCUCGUGUCAGAUUCCGAUAAAUCCAGUCCCACCUGUUCAACAUUCUUGAGUCCCACAAACAGAAUCGCCAGUGUGGAUGAAAGUCCCAUCACACCGUCCUCCUCCACUAAAAAUAGGCCUAGCAGACAUGUCAGCUUCAGCAUGGAGACAGACAUAUAUGUGGGGCGACAGCAGCUGAAGGAAAAAAAGGCACUUGUGAUUGUGGACGACAGUGAAGAGGAGGAAGAAAGAGCAGCACUAGGAGGGAGAAAGUCUGAUGGAUGCAAUGUUAGUCUUACAGGAGAAGAUGAAUCGCCUGUAUCUACAGCAGAAGUUGCAAUCCCUGCAUUUAACAUGGACAGUGACACUGAUGUAGAGGGAGAGGAGGAAGGGGUGGCAUGUACGGGGCCUGUGACCUUGAAUACAAAUCAACAAGCUGAUCAGCCACCAAACACAGCACAGUUUCACAUGGACAGCGAUACAGAUGUCGAUGAGGAUGAUGACGCCAUAGACAAAAUCCCCAAAUCUGUGCCUUCCUCUGCUGACAACACCAAACCGCCUCAUGUUAUUUCAGUUAUUCAGCCAGAGGCCAUCACAAUGGACAGUGACACUGAUGUGGAUGAUGAUGCUGUUGUGUCAGACGCUGCUUCAGAAGCAAAACCUGUGUCAUUUCAGAGCACAGAGACGGCUGACUCUGCUCCUUCAAUGCAGAUUAAAGAUUUCUACCUAGACAGUGACACAGAUGUUGAUGAGGAAGAAGAGAAGGGCAGUAGAACAAUUAAUACAUGCUCUAAAAUAGAUGAAACUCCCACAAGAUUAGAUAUCAAGUCAACUGGGGCUGAAUCUGCCGCUGUAACUGCUCACAGUUUGCAUCUAGAUAGUGACACAGAUGAUGAAACUGUCCCUGCCCCUGUGAUCAGUGAACCUUCAGCAGCAUCUGCUGUCACUAAAUCAUGCAUCGCUGAAGACACAGGAAGUGAUGUGGAUGCUCUGUCUGACAGUGACACAGAUGAUGAUUCUUGUCUGGUUAUACCUUGUGUUGCCACAACCUUGAAAUUUGUUCCUUGUAAUGCACCAGAAGCUCUUCAGUCAGAUUCUGAUGCAGACACAGAUGUGGAUGAACCUAGUGUACCCCCUGCCGGGGAUGGGGUCAAUCCAGCUGACCUCACGGUGGACAGUGACACCGAUGUGGAAGAUGAGAAGGUGAUGAGUGCUGGUGACAGCCAGGUUCCUAGCCUACAGAGAGAAAAUACACCAGGGUUGCUGGUUCCCCUUCUUCAGAACUGCUCUACUCCUGUACAAGGAGGAGAAGUGGAAGAUAUGGACACCCAGGCUUUUCUGAGUCCUUCUUCAUGUCCAUUUAGGAGUGCAGUAGCUUCUGCUGUAAGACUUGAAUCAUUAUCUUCCUGCUCAGGCAGCCAGGAGGAUGAGGAUUUUGUCGUGGCCGAGACGCAGUCCUUCAUUCUUCAGACCAGAGACUGCCAAGACAACACUCCAGAGGACCACAGCAAGCCCCCCAACCGAGCUUUUGGCCCUGAGUCUUCUGGUGAUGAAAACGGUGAACAGUCCGGCAGACAAGGGUCUUUCCAGUUGGGAUUGUCUGAUAGUAGCCAUCUGCAGGAUCAGGCUCAAGUUUUAGCCAUGGAGAGCACCCAAGCGUUUGUCUCUGUGGAAAGGGGAUUGAAUAUGGAAGAGACACGACCAUAUGCAGCCAUCUCAAAUGCAGAAAGAACCUCUGUAGAGAAUGAGUCAAAUCUGGAGGCCACACAGGAUUACGGAGAGGAAGAGGAACCUGCCAGAUGUUCAGUAACAUCUGAAAUAGAAGACCAGGUAGAUUUGGCACUAGAGGCAACACAGGCCUAUAUUUCAGAGCCCUCUGAUUCAGAGGAUAAAACAGAUGAAGAUGAGAGAAAAGACACUGCUACUCAGCCUUUAGACUUUCCUGUCUCAUCUACUCUUACCAUGAUGGAAACCCAACCGAUGUCUGUAUUUGAGGAAGAGGAGUGUUUGGAUGAAGAAAAUCCUUUUUGCUCUGGACUACAAGUUAAGGCGAGGCCACAGAAUGAAACACAAGAGAGGGAAGAACCUGAGGAAGAUGAGCCUCAGGCGAGGACCCUCAGUAAAGCUCUGUCUAUAGCUGAAACUCAGCCCAUGCAUGCAAGUGACAAUGAGGAAAGUGAUGAGGAGGACUUGAUCCCAGGUCCACGAAGAGGAAAAGCACAACCACUGCAGCCUGUAGAUGAGCAGACAGAGCCCUUCACAAGUUCUGCGUUAUCACUUGCUGAAACCCAGCCCGCGCACAUCUGUGUUGAUGAAACCCAGCCCGUGGCUACAAGUGGAAAUGUGGAAAGUGAUGUUGGAGACUCAAUUCGACACACAAACUCUGAGCUUUCUGCUGUUGAAGGUCAGCCAAUGGAUACAGGGAAAGACGGAGAAAGUGAUAAGGAGGACUCAAUUCCAGCUUUACGAAAAAGAAAGGCAAAACCUCUGCAACUUGAAGACGAGUCACAAACACUCACAAACUCUGAACUCUCUGCUGUUGAAGCUCAGCCAAUGGUCACAGGUGAUGAUGGAGAAACUGAUGAAGAGGACUCACUGCCACUUAUACGAAAAAGAAAAGCAAAACCUCUGCAACUUGACGAGUCACAAAUGCUCACAAACUCUGAGCUCUCUGCUGUUGAAGGUCAGCCAAUGGAUACAAGGGAAGAUGGAGAAAGUGAUGAUGAGGACUCAAUGCCAGUUAUAAGAAAAAGAAAGGCAAAACCUCUGCAACUUGAAGAAGAGUCACAAACGCUCACAAACUCUGAGCUCUCUGCUGUUGAAGGUCAGCCAACGGAUACAAGGGAAGAUGGAGGAAGUGAUGAUGAGGACUCAAUGCCAGUUAUAAGAAAAAGAAAGGCAAAACCUCUGCAACUUGAAGAAGAGUCACAAACACUCACAAACUCUGAGCUCUCUGCUGUUGAAGCUCAGCCAGUGGUCACAGGUGAUGAUGGUAAAAAUGAUGAUGAGGACUCAGUUCCAGGUCCAAGAAAGAGAAAAGCAAAACCACUGCAAAUCCAAGAAGAAGAGACGCAGACACUCACAAAUUCUGAGGCCUCCACUGUUGAAACUCAGCCCUUAGAAACAGACUCUGACCUGCAGCCUCAAAGGGGAAAGGGAGGACAAUCUGAGGUUGGGACCAGUGGCAUCACUAUUAGAGGUAAAACAGGGACAAGGGGAAGAUUAAGAGAAGAAGAGGGGCAGGCAGGGUCUUCUGAACUUCCCAAGAGACAGACAAGAGGGAAGAAUAAAGUGUUGCAAACUACCAGAGGAAGUAGAGGGAAAUCAAGGCCUGGCGAGGAUGAGGAGGUAGAGCGGGCUAAGCAAGCCAGAGGUAAAAAUUCCAUAAGUCAACCUAAAGAUGACGAAAAAGAGGAAGAGACAGAAGUAAACAAGCAUGCUGAAAAUAUUAACCUAAUAAAGGAACAAGAAGCAGGGAGAUUGGUAGAGGAAGGAGAGAAGGAAAGAAGGGAGAUGGAUGAAAGAGAAAGGACACAAGAGGAGAGAAAGCAGAGGAGGGAAGAACAAGAAAAAUUGGAAAGGGAAAGAAAAGAGAAGGAAGAACAAGAGGCUAGAAAUGCAGAAAGGUUAAGACUCGAGCAUGAGAGAGCAGAAAAAGAGACAAUAGAGAGGGAAAGAAAGGAACAAGAAGAAAAGGAAAGAGCUGAUAGGGCACAAAAAGAAAAAGAACAAUUGGAGAGGGAAAGGAAGAAGGAAGAAAAGGAGAGAUUAGAGCAUGAAAAGGCUGAAAGAGAAGACAGAGAGAGACUGGAGAGAGAAGAAAACGAGAGAAUAGAAAAGGAAAGAAAAGAGCAGGAAGAAAACGCAAGAUUGGAGACUGCAAAGAGGGAACUGGAAGAGAGACUUGAGAGGGAGAGGAAGGAGCAAGAACACCAAGAAAGACUAGAGAGCGAAGCAAAGGAAAGGGAAAAUAAGCCCAAAGCUCCCGCAAGAGGUCGAAGAGCAGCCAGAAGAACAACUGCUGCCACGUGUACAACAGAGCUGGAGCAAGACUCAACAAUAUCAAUCAAUGAUGAUGUCCCAGCAAGGAGAACCAGAUCUCGCUCCAACUCUUCCAACUCUGUCAACUCAGAGAUGUCUGCUUCGAGUGUUAGCACCCAGGAGAGCAGCGGGAGGGGUCGAGGCAGAGGAGCAAAGAGGACCAGUGAGCCCCCCCAGACAGCUGCCGCCAGAAGCAGCAAUAGGAGGAGGACAGUGGAUGCAGGGCCAACUCCUCAGGGAGUCCUUUUGAGGUCAAACUCUAACAACUCCCUCAACUCUGAGAUUUCCAGCUGCAGCUUGAACUCUCAGAGUAGAGGAAGAGGAGGCAGGCAACGAGGAAGGGGCCAAAGAACAGAGACAAACUCUCUUAUUAAUAGUCAGAGAGAUAAGAAUUCGGCUCCCAAAUCUCCAGCUAGAGGCAGGAAGAGCAGGAAAGCAGAUGAAUCUUGUAAUGCAGUUCCCCUUGAAGAUGAGAAAGAGAAGGCAGACUCUCAGCAGGCUAGUACCACAAGGGGGCAACGGCGAGCCAAUGCAAAUGACUCUGAACCUGCAGCUGCAGAUGAGGACGACUCCUCAUAUCAGGAGGAAGGAUGUGCCACUGAAGAAUUAGUUCCACUUAAAAAGAAUAUCAGGGCAAAAGGCCAAAAAGCAGUAAAGAGUAAAACUGUGGAGGCAUCGGUAGCUCCUGCAGUCAAUGAUGGAGGUGAGGCUAAAGGAAAAGGAAGAAAAAGAGACUUGGAGCCAAAUACAGAGGAAGAAUCAAGCAGUAGUUUCAAAAUUUCCAAAGGAACAACAGAGGCGGCAGAAGCUAAAACAAAAGACAAGGUUCCUGUCCAAGCCAAGAGGAGAGGUAGAGCAUCCACCUCUCAAGCCAAGAAACCCUCCACUGAAGUGGAGGUGAAAGAAGAGAGUGAGAGAAUGGAGGAGGAGAUUGUUGAGAGGAGAGGCAGGGGUCGGCCAUCAGCGGUGCAGAAAAAGAAGAUACAGGAGCAGGAAGAGAGUGGAUCCUCUGUCGACCAGGAUGCACAUGUGGAGUCAUCAGAGCCCCAGACUCCAAAGAGCAGUGGAUCCCGAAAGCGACAGGCCACUGCAGAUUUCUCGCCUGUGGCAAAGACACCUCGCUCCUCCUCCGCUUCACCGGCAGCUAGUGGUCGAUUACGAACUGCCAGCCAGGCCUACAAGGUGCUGUUCACAGGCGUAGUGGAUGAAGCAGGAGAGAGAGUGUUGGCUCGUUUAGGCGGCUGCAUGGCGAAAGGUGUGGCAGACAUGAAAGUUCUGGUGACUGAUAAGGUGCGCAGGACUGUAAAGUUCCUGUGUGCGGUCGCUAAAGGAAUCCCCAUUGUUACCACUCAAUGGCUGGAAAAGAGUGGGAAGGCUGGGAGCUUCCUGCCUCCUAAUCUUUUUGUUGUAAAUGAUCUGGAGCAGGAGAAGAAGUUCAAUUUCUGCCUGCAGGAGUCCCUGCAGAUUGCCAGCAGUCAGCCUCUCUUACAGGGAUAUGAGAUCCAUGUUACAAAGUCAGUGAAGCCAGAGCCAGUUCAAAUGAAAGACAUCAUCACCUGCAGUGGAGCUACCUUUCUUGCUAAGAUGCCCUCCUCUCACAAGCCUCGGACUGUAGUGAUUUCCUGCGAGGAGGACUGGUUUCUGUGUGGCCCGGCUCUCACUGCAUCUCUCCCAGUGGUCACUGCUGAGUUCAUUCUUUCAGGGAUCCUGCAGCAGAAGCUCGACCUCCAAACCAACGCACUCUCUGCCCCUACAAGCAAUCUACAACCUGCAGGAGGCAGAGGAAGGAGCAGAAAGAAGACUUAGCAACAUCAGUUUAUACUGUAAAAACUCCAGGAUCAUAGAUUCCCAAAUCAAGAGACCGGUAGAAACUAGUGAGUCAGCUGUUCGUCUGUACAAAAGACUUGAAGAAUGUGUUUUCCACAUGCAGCAAAAGUCGAGUGCUCACCCACAGGGUGGUAAACACUGCGUGCAAAGCAUUGAAGUAAUUUUACUGUGUUUUUUUUUCUGUUAAAUAUCAAAAACUAAUUUCACAUGUACAACAUCUCGUUUUAAAAAUCUACUCUUACUGUAUUUUCUUACAGUCUUAUCUUUUGAUUUAUACGUGUGGAAAAAAUUUAGUUUUUAACACACGAGCUAAAAACGCUGUUGCUGCUAUGCAGGGUGGGAAAUAAUUACCCAUUAACCAUCCUUGUCACUUUACCCCUCUCAUCCUCUCGCGUGCUCCACCCCUCUCUUUGUACGAUAACAAGCAGAGCAGGAAUUAAUGCUGUAAAAUUGCUGCUGCUCUGUGUGAGUGCUAAGUGCUUCAACUCAAUCAGCCAGUUUGGCAGGUAACCAGCCAUGAAAGCGGGAGUUGUAUAAUCAUGUUUGGGUGGUGGGAUAGGGGAACCAAUGCAGUCUGAUUUGAAAUCCAUCAGCUACGGUGGUGAUGGGAAAAAAAAGCAUUUGUUUCCUGUCCUGAUAAGAAGUGCGUAGUACCUUUUUUAUAUUGAGGUAACCAUGAAUCUACCAGUGUGUCUGUUGUUCCAUUAACCAUCACCACCGUACUCCAUUAAGGCUUCAUCCAAACCUAUUACCUCCAGGGAUGAGACACAAUAAAGGCACUUGAAUGCUGAUGCUGCUUCUACAUCAGUCUGUUUGUCCAUGGUAUACAUUUACCUUCUGUGUUCAUAUAUGUCACAAAAAGGCCAGUAAACAGAACUGACAUUUGGUUUCUUUCCUGACCUACUGAAGAUCUUUAAACUUGCUGUGCCAUUGGCGUUUUAAAGACGGACUCAUGAGCUUAUAAGUUUGGUUUCAGAACUGUCAAAUAGCUAACAUCUCGACACAAAGUUUGUAUUUGUAUGGAAUUAUGUCAUCUGUCUGUAUUACCAAUGGAAACAUUAAAUAUUUUCUAUUAUGUAUAA